UGGCUAACACAUGGAGUAGGGGUGUGGAUUUAGAAUUGAAACCUUCAAUUUCAAAACGAAAACGCAUGGACAAACUCAUCAACAUAUCAUAACUUAAAACACAACAAUUAAUCAUCUACGAAAUUGGCCCCGGUAAACAAAUGUGUUUAAUCAUGACUCAUCGUAAAAAUUAAGCAAUACUACUAGACUUGUCCUUCGAUUAGAAAACUACUUGUGAUGUCGCUUUAAUUGCAAUACUAUUACUUAUAUACUCCAUAUUACUUGGUUUGAAACUUUAAUUUUUUAUUUUAAGAAAACUACUUUGAAAUUUCUAAAAAAAAUCCUUAACCACACACCGACCUCCAUAUCUACCAUCUUAUUAAAUCAUUCUCCCUCUCUCUCACCAAGAACCUUCCAUCCCCUAUAAAAAUCCCUCCUAAUAAAAUUGAAUCAAAACACGCAACACAACUCAUGUACAACAAGUCUCAUGCGCAAAUGCCAAUGGACCGAUCGCCGCCGUUCUCGUCGUCGUCCUCCGACAGCUCCCAGUUCUCCUCCACCAGCUCGUCGCCGGCCAAGAGCAUGAGGGUGGUCCUCUCCAUCGAGUGCCUGAAGGGCUCCUCAAAGGCCGACGAAUGGACCGGCGACAUGCUGCAGACAGGCGACAUCGUGGAGGAGCUCAGGAUCGGAAACAUGAUCGUCAAAUCGCCCUUCAAGAACGGAAAAUCGGGGAUUCAGAAAAUCCUGCACGGCUCGUUCAAGCAGAAGGAGACGUCGAUUCGGGUCCGGGUCAGGCGGGGCUGUGCUGACCUGGCGGAGCUCCAGGCCUGCAUAGUGCCCGGGGACCAGUUCGUCGGGAGGAAGCAGUACGUUCUCCGGGCGAUCGAUGAUCCGAAUUACGCCGUGGGGUUCAUCGAUCGGACGGAGAGCCAGUGCUUGGAUUUGCAAGCCUCAAGGACCUCAAGAAUGGUUAGUGCACUAGAGAGGACUCCGCUCCAGGACGGAUACGUGUCGUAUCCGUGGGAGCGGAGGCUUGUGGAGAUGCUCUCCAUCCCGAAUUCGAGCAGCUUCUACUCCGUCCUCUUCUUGCCAAAAUCCUCGGACAAGGCAAGUGCACGCUACAACGACCUAGAGGACACCCUUGCACGAGCCCACACGUGGAUCAACGCGUCCCAGGCAUCUGGGGUUCCUAUAGUCUUCAUGAAUAUCCAAACGGAAUCACUUCUCACCAAGAUAUCCGGAGACACUGCUUCUUCAACAGUAAAUGCAGGAUCGCUGUCUGACCUGUCAAAUAUCGCGAACACUAGUUUGUAUGGGUUCGAGGACUACCACGGGGUGGACCUUGGUGUGGUGCGAGCCGUUCGUUUGUGGUUCUCCCCUCUAGCCGGGGAGAUCCCCAUCGAGAUCAGGAUCAAAGACACCGAUACCAGGCUUGGAUUCGCUAUUAGCAGGACGCCAGAAGGAUUCAUCUACAUAUCAUCGGUGAUCGAGGGAGCAGACGACGUGCCAUCAGCUCGAUCGGGUCUGAGCAGUCUAUACAAGCAGGCAUCCCAAUCGGCACGGCUUCUGGUUGUGUCCCGAAUAUCCAACCAGAAGCUGCUGCCGUGGAUGGUGUCUGCCACGGGCGCGAUCCGCUGCUUCGACACCGUAUCCCUCAGCCAGAAACUGUCGCUGCACCGCCACACCCGAGUCCCGAUCCUCGUGCACGUUUACCUUUGGGACCGAAGCGCCAAUAACGCGAACGUGGGAAGCAUCAGGGCCCGAGCCAUGUCGACGUCGCCUCCGACCCCACCAUCCACGGAGGCGCACCUAAAGAUGACGGCUCGGGGGGUGGAAGAGGGAGAGGAGGACUCGGAUGAGGAGGAAACUGUAGCCAGCGAUGGACAGGAGGAUAUUACGAUUGAACGAGAUACAGCUGGGGAAUUUUCGUUCCGGUUGCAUGAUUUUGCUCUUAAAAAUAAUUGGGUGUGAAUAUCGUUUCUCUUUUUUCUUUUGUUUUGUUGUUGAAGAUUUUUGCUCUGUUUAUGGUCUUGGAUUUUUGUUGUAUAUAGGCGUCUCAGUUGAUUAGUUUAACUUAUCAGUCUGAGUUAAGUUCCUAA